UCGACACUUUUUGGAAUCGUUGGCGAUGGUGGUCAGCGGGCCGAACAGAUUCAUCGAGUCGCAGGAAAACGCCAUUAAGGAUCGCGUGAGGGAGAUCCUGGCCGAGAACAAAGAUCAGGCCCUUACCAUUCAAAACCUUCGCGACAAGGUGAACGCAGCUACGGAAUCGACGACUCGACAGAGCGAAUUGAUCGAGGCGACGGUGGCCAAGAUGCGAAACACGGAUGCCGAACGAUCUGAAUUGGAGGGGAAGGUUCGAAAGAUGGAGGCCCAGUUGACCGAUUGCGAGCUGGCCAAGGAACGUUCUCGAAGGGACAAGCAAACGUUCGUCACGUUCUUGGACCGGUUGGGUAAAGCGAUGCAAAUGGACGAGAUAACCGAGGAAAUGGGUAUCGAUCUUCAAACGGAGUCUCUCUUGGUACGGGCCGAGCAAUUGGCCAGAUUGGAGAGCGACAAGUUGGUGGACAAG